AUGGGCUCUUCUCAGACAGAUUGGAAUUCCAACGAUGAAUUCUUCAAAUUCACGCGUGGCCGCUUUGUUGUAGAUGAGGAAGAGAAUCUUCGAAAGCGAGAAGUCAGAUUUGACAUGAACAGGCUUGCACGUGUCGCAGCAGACUCGGUCGGCGCUUCUCGAUGCAUCUCUAUCAAAAAGUACCCCGACGGCAUGUUCAACAAAGCAUUCCUUAUGUCUAUGGACAACGGCCGAGAAGUCGUAACAAAGGUGCCUAACCCGAAUGCUGGCAUCCCACACUUUACUACGGCUAGUGAAGUCGCUACUAUGGACUUCGCUAGAAAAGUUCUGGAAACACCGGCGCCUUGCGUAUACUCAUGGAACUCGCAGGCAAAAUCGCACCCUGUUGGUGCUGAAUUUAUCAUUAUGGAUAAAAUUGAAGGUGUUCCGCUGUCCCAAGUCUGGGACACCCUGAAACUACCCCAGAAACUUCAAGUGCUUCUUGCUAUGACACGUCUCCAGAAGCAAUGGCUCGGCGUUUCAUUCUCGCAUUAUGGCAGUCUGUACUACGCAGGGGACGUGCAGCCACCAGCUGAAAGCCACUACGUCAAGGAUGGCAAAGCCAUCAGAGAUUCGGAGUUUGCUAUUGGCCCGGUUACAGGCCGGGAUUGGGUUGAUGCAGGCCGAUCAAUUUUGGAUAUCGAGAGAGGGCCGUGGGGUCCCCUAACGCAGUAUCUGCACGCAAUCGAAACGCGGGAAAUGAAGGCAAUCAAGUCUUUAAAACCCCCGAAACAAAUUGCCAUACUUUGUGGACCAAAACUCUACCGACCAGACAAGGUAAACAAAAUUACUGCUCUAGCAUGGUACCGACAAAUCGUCGAUGCCCUUAUCCCAAAGGACACUGCCAUCACUAGACCCUGCCUCUGGCACAACGAUCUGCACGAUGACAACGUCUUCGUGGACCCGCAGAAUCCCGAAAAGAUUACGGGCAUCAUCGACUGGCAGUCUUGCCAUAUCUCGCCCCUCUUCAACCACAAUCCCGACCCAGCCUUCCUCGACUGGAGUGGUCUUGAGCCUGAGACGCUGGAUCUAGCGCCGCUGCCAAAACUCUCUGGGCUUUCCCCGGAAGAACGAUCGGCGGCUGUACACGAGUAUACCAUCCAAAACGUGUUCAUUGGAUGGCGGAAACUCAUGCAUGCCAAAACCCCAGACCUAUAUCGAGUCGUCGAAUUCCGAAAGACGGCCGCGUACGGCCUGAUCUUCCUGGCCCACCGAAUGUUCGAAUACGGCGAGACGCAUUUCCAAUCGCUACUGGUCGAUCUGAAGGAUACGUGGGCGGACUUGCCUGCCGUGAACAGCAACAUUCCAUUCCCGUUUGACUUUUCGGAAGAAGAUUUUGAGCGUAUUAAAAUGGGUAGCGAUGGUGCAGUGGCAGGAACCGAGCUUGUUGCAGAGGUCAAGGAGAGGAUGGGCAAUCUGUGGCCAGACAAAGGCUUCAUCGAGCACGAGCAAUAUGCUGAUUGCAAAGCUGCGCUCCGCGAAGUCAAGAACGAGAUAAUGGCGCAAUUGGCUGAGACUGACGAGGAAAAGGCUGAGUAUGAGCGUUAUUGGCCGUUUGAAUGA